CUCUCCAUCUAUCCGCGCAUCCUGCUCCAGAGUACCACCAGGAUGAUCCGCCGCUGCACCGACAACCUUCACUUCACUUUCACACUCAUUUAACCCUUUACUCGGACCCUCGACGGCCGCCGCGAUACCCCCCAUGCUUUGCCCUUCUCUUGAGAUGCGAUACCGUUGUACAAUUUCCCGGAGAAUAUCUUUAUCUUCCGUCGCUCCUCGCUGAUAGAGAGCAUGCCCGACCCGGGGACGGCAGCGACAGGCGCUGCAGCCGCUAAUGGCGCGGCCGCUGCCGGCGAAGGCACCGAGAGCUCCCGGCACCGACACCGAGCGCAGCAGGGAGACGCGGAGAGGCCGGAGCCGGGCGCUGCCCCUGCACAAACCUCCUCCGGUGUACUGGAUAAGUUGUUUGGAAAGCGGCUGCUGCAGGCUGGGAGACACAUCAUGUCUCAUAAGUCUUGGAUGAAAACGGUGCCCACGGAGAACUGUGAUGUCCUCAUGACAUUUGCAGACACUACAGAUGACCACACGUUACUAUGGCUACUGAACCACAUCCGGCUGGGAAUCCCAGAGCUCAUCAUCCAAAUACGACAUCACAAGCACACACGAGUCUACGCAUUCUUCGUCACCGCUACAUAUGAAAAUUUGUUGCGAGGCGCUGAGGAGAUAGGACUGAGGAAAGCGGUGAAGCCUGAAUUUGGCGGAGGAGCACGAAACUACUCCUGUGACGAGGACUACAUCUACGAGAACAUCGAGAGUGAGCUGUGUUUCUUUACUUCACAGGAGAGGCAGAGCAUCAUUAAAUACUGGCUAGACAAUCUACGUGCCAAACAUGGGGAGGUGCUUCAUAAUAUCAACUUCCUGGAGGGCCAGCCAAUUAUCCCGGAGCUGAGUGCGCGAGGUGUGAUCCAGCAGGUAUUUCCUCUCCAUGAGCAGAGGAUCCUCAGUCAGCUGAUGAAGUCCUGGGUCCAGGCUGUUUGUGAGAAACAGCCUUUAGAUGAUAUCUGUGACUACUUUGGGGUGAAGAUUGCCAUGUAUUUUGCCUGGCUGGGAUUUUACACCACUUCUAUGUUAUAUCCUGCUGUGAUCGGCUUCGUGCUGUGGAUGCUCACUGAGUCGGAUCAGACGAGCCGUGACAUCUGCUGUGUGGUGUUUGCACUGUUCAACGUGGUGUGGGCCACUCUGUUUCUGGAGCGGUGGAAGAGGAGGGGGGCUGAGCUGGCAUUCAAGUGGGGAACACUGGAUACGCCUGCUGAAUCCCUGGAGGAACCACGGCCUCAGUUCCGGGGAGUAAAGCGCUGCAGUCCCGUAACAGGAUGUGAGGAGUUCUACUAUCCUCCGUGGCGGAGGCGUGUAUUCAGGUGGCUGGUCAGCCUGCCCAUCUGUAUCCUCUGUCUCUGCUUCGUCUUCCUGGUCAUGCUCAUCUGCUUUGAGCUGCAGGAGUUUGUGAUGGGGAUCAAGGAAAUGCCUCGGCUAGCUCGCUUCAUCCCCAAAAUCAUGCUAGCUAUCACUGUGACUGCAUGUGACGAGGUGUACAGGAAAAUCGCUUGCUGGCUCAAUGACAUGGAAAACUAUAGACUCCAGAGUGCCUAUGAGAAAAAUCUCAUCAUCAAAAUGGUUCUUUUUCAGUUUGUAAAUUCUUAUCUCAGCCUUUUUUACAUUGGAUUCUACCUCAAAGACAUUGAGCGCCUGAAAGAGAUGCUGCUGGUGUUGUCCCUGUUAAGGAGUCUGCAGCGGCAGGUCCGGGUCAAUCUGCUUCCUUACCUCUUCUUCAAGAUCCAGAUGCUUGUGGUCUCUGUUCCCUGGUUCUUCAGGGCUUUACUCAAGUCCAAAAUGCUGGCCACUCUGCUCAUCAUACGCCAGUUCCUUCAAAAUGUGAAGGAGGUGCUGCAGCCUUAUCUAUAUGAGCGCCACAAGCUGGGAGAGCUCACACUGCGAGCUGUGUGGGACCUGCUGCUCUCAGUGCUGCUGAAAUAUGCACGACUGGCAGCUGGAAAAGCCCAGGUCUCUCCCACCGACCAGGCCAUGCCAGGACCUGGACUGAGGGGCACCAGGCCUGGGUUGGGGCAGCCAGAUAGAAGGGAAAAGAAGUGUUUGAACGGGGGAUGCGGGGUGCCUGAUGAGGAGGAUGGAGGUGAGAGGGACGAGGCUGACAGCGGGAGGUUCAGUGAAGGAGAGACGGAGGAGGAAAGUCUGAUCGACUGUGGUUUGAAGCUGAGGAAAGUCAGCUUCAUAGAGAAGGUGGACAGAAGGCCAGUCUGCAGUGGGCCCCCCAUGGACACCAGUUUCCUGGAGGAGGGGAGCCCCACGAUGGUGGAAAAAGGAAUGGACCCUGCCUCUGUAUUUGAAAUGUGUGACGACGACGAUGAUAAUGGCAUCCAUGAUGUGAAGGAGUCAGGAGGGGGAGCGACAGGCGUGGCUGAGGGAAUUAAUGCUGGUGCCUCUGCCAGCGCUGCCCCGCUGCCUUCUGGGUCCGAGAGCAGCACAUCAGUGCGACACAGGAGAAGAGGCAGGAGCAUAGAGAGACCUGAGCCUAAGACAAAAAGGGAAUCAUGGAUCGACCCCCCUGAAGAGAGAAGAGAGAGCAACACGCUCACUCAGGCUGAGAUGGAGAGCUGCAUGCAGACUUAUUCUGACACCUUCCAGGACUACCAAGAGAUGUUUGUCCAGUUUGGCUACGUGGUGCUCUUCUCCUCAGCCUUCCCUCUGGCUGCCAUGUGCGCUCUCAUCAACAACCUCAUUGAGAUCCGCAGCGAUGCCUUUAAGCUCUGCACCGGUCUGCAGAGGCCCUUUGGAAUCAGAGUGGAGAGCAUCGGCCAGUGGCAGACUGCGAUGGAAGCCAUGGGCCUGAUUGCCAUCAUAGUGAAUUGUUACCUGAUUGGUCAAUGCGGUCAGCUCCAGCGUCUCUUCCCGUGGCUCAGCCCCGAGAUGGCCAUCAUCUCCAUCGUCAUCCUCGAGCAUUUUGCCAUCCUCCUGAAGUACGUCAUCCAUGUGGCCAUCCCUGACAUUCCUACAUGGGUCCGAGAGGAGAUGGCUAAACUGGAUUAUCAGCGCAGGGAGGCUUUUAAGAAGCACGAACGGCAUGCGCAGCAGCAUUACCAGCAGCUGCAGAGGAGGAAGAGGGAGGAGGAGGAGAGGCAGAGGCAGGCGGAGCAUAUGGCCCGCAGGGAAAGGGAGCGGGACGACAGCAAGGGCGACUCCUCUGGGGAUCACCACCACGACAAAAGUCACAGCAGCAAAUCGCGGCCUGGGGCCGGAGGAGGAGGGGGCAGCGGGUCAGACAAACCCAAGAGGCCCAGUUCUCUGUUGGCCAACAAUAACGUGAUGAAGCUGAAACAGAUCAUCCCGCUGCAGAGCAAGUUCUCCUCGAGUGGCGCUCGCUCCCCUCAGUCCCCCACCGGAAAUGAGCCGAAGCUGCCCGGGUUCCUGAGCUUUAAAUUCCUCAAGUCACCUGAGAAUAAGAAGGAAGGUGCUGCGGCUUCUGCGGCCGCCACCACAGCUGCUAACACCACAGCUACAGCAUCAUCAUCAUCAUCUUCAUCAUCAGGUAGCAGCUCUCAGGAGCGUUCUCAGUCACCCAGCAAAGCCUUCAACCCUGGGAAACUGUUUAACUUCGGGAAAUCUGAGGGGGGAGCGUGUGUGAACGGGGCUGCGCUGCACAGACCUGGGGAAGGAUCAUCAUCACAGGCGUCAGACAGACAACCAUCCAGGUCUGACUUGAACGGUGUUCCAGACGAGAUCCCCUCGCCUGGAGGGGAAGGGUCAGAGAACGGACAUGCAACAGACUUGGACCCGGCUGGCUCUAAAGUCUAGCUCCAUAGAGAACAAACUUGUCAUUGGUUACAUCUCAACUGAAGAAGGGAUGUGUUUACUGUGAGGAGAGGCCUGGCCUACCUUCUGUGCUAUCACAGGCUAUGUGUAGAAGUACUUGAAGCAGAAAGAGAAGAUGAAACUGAUGAGAGGUGACUGUUGUUUUGGUUUGCUCUUUUGCUGAGAGACAAAAAAACAGGCUUUAUAAGAAAGACGUAAGCCCUCUUGUCAUGACCGAAUAAACACACACACACACACAACACACACACACACACACACACACACACACAUACAAACAUACAAACACUUCCUUGUCUGCAAUACAUAAAGAAAUGCAUGAGCUGCGUUUCUAAUAUUUUUAAGCCUUUAAAGCAGAGAGCUGUGUUUCUUGAUUUCUUCUAGUCAUAAAUUGUAAGCAUCUCAAUGGCCUCCCACUAGGACAUAACAAUAACAACACCGCCUGUUGUGGAGACAAAAGGAUUAAAAAAAAUGUACACAGUGGUAUGAAAUGAUCACCAAUUGUACAUCAAAUAACUUCUGAGAGUGUUUUUAGCCGUCACAACUCAAGUGAUUAUUAGAUAUUGUCUCAUUUUUAAUGUUGAGGAAUUCUUGGGCCCUUCACUUUUAUAUAGAAGUGGAAAAAAUGGAAAAGCAAUAUCAAUCAGUGUUUUAAUUAUUCUUAUAAAUCAUCACAAACCCUCCCAUAAUAAGCAUCCCUGAUGUAUCACCAGCUUUAUUUUUAAAGCUGAGGUGAUGUCUGAGCUUUGGACACUUCUUCCCAUCCUGUGACGGUGGCAGAUCAGUUCGAAAAGGAAGUAAAGAGCUUAGUAAAUCGAGCAGUCACUUACCAGUAUUUUUCCCAAGAGAGCAAGUGGAAGAGAGACAAGGAAAAAAAAGCAGAAGUAAACAAAGGUGGUUUUGAGAAAAAAGAGCAUGGAAUGUGCGUGCUGUUCUCCAUCCAAGCCCGUAGAGCGCCUUAUAAACACAGAUGGUGCUCCAUUCCACACACUCUAACCAGACUUGGCAAACUAGCGUAGAGUUAAAGAAGUAACAUUUGCACUAAACCCUUACGCCCUGCAUAGAAACCUAUCUCGCUCUGCAGGAGAGAGGAUCGACACCAGCCUGCCUCAUAACAUUAUGCAAAAGCUGGAUUGUUUUGAUUUACUCCUUUCACACAGUACAUGCUAUCUACUCACCUGCCUCUACUCUCAGCAACUAUGGGUUUCCUAAAUAUUCAGAUGAGGUGUUUUUGUUUUUACAAUAGUUGCUCUCAUUUAUGUUGAGCUCCAUAUCUUUUUUAUGCACACCAUUUGCUGCAUUGUUUUUAUUGCAGUGCUGAUGGGAAUUUCCUUUUUUAACCAAAGCGGUAUUUUUCGGAUAAUACUGUUAACCCGAGAUGUAUGUGUACUGUAUGUUCUAGGGUGUUCUAAGGUAUACAUUAUGCUAAUCUUUUAAGCAAAGCCCACCAUCUACCAUAAACAGAUAUUUCACUUCUGCAGGGUCUCCAGAAGGUGGCGCCAGAAUUUAUUUGCAUAGCAAAAUGUGUUGUUGAACGGCUUGUUCUGAUUCACUAUUGACUAUUGACCCAUAAUAUCAGUCUUCAGUGUAAAGCAGGGACAGUAACAUUAGAGUGUCAGGCUGCAGACUCUUCGAAAGGAAAUGUAUUAUGGUGACAUUAGAUACACACAGGUACACAAAGUUUCAGAGGCCAUCACACUGUAGGUUGAGAGAGAGAAACAUGAACUAUGCAUUUUCACAUCACCACUUCUGGCAUGCAUUUUGGCAAUACCAUUGAGUUGUAGGAGAUGUAUUACUAUAAGUCUAAACUAACUCCCCCACCCACAGCACACAUCCUACUGCAUUAUUAUUAUUUGUCGGACUCUAUGCAUCUUCUUUGUGUCCCUUCAAUUUCCACUGUCAGCUCUCUCCUGUCUCAUAUUUAAUGUGAGGAAUCUGCCCUGACUCACAAUUAAAAUAAUAACAAUAAUCUCAUCCAUCUACAGCUUUGUGUUUACAGAAUCGGUCUCUAGUCUAGAGUAAUGAUGACAUUGAGCUUCAAACUUUUUUUUUAAAUAUUGUGUUGCUGUUUUAAUGUGUCUGUAACAACUUCACAAUAAGUAUGAUCCACCUUUCAAUCACAUGCCUAAGGAAAACACAAACAUGUACUUAAGUAGACAGGCAAAAAGAUCCUACUGACAUUAAAUGCAAUAAGGAACAAGAUAGGAGAUCAAUGUGUGUGGUCACAGUGUCAUUUUACUGUGAAUCUACACUAUGUUCUCUUCUAUAUUUGGAAGUCAUUGUUCAUUAUAAAUGCAAAAUGAGAAGUGCAAGGCUCAGAGAAAUUUGAUAUCUUUAGUGUCUUUGUGUAUCACAGGCUGGUCAUUGUUAAAGGGGCAUAUGAUAGAGAACAGGAUGGUAAGCGUAGCUGAGCGUAGUCUCAUCAAAACCUUUAUUCUUGCAGCAUUUUUUCAUUUAGCAUUUCAGGGAUGAGUGACACCAUGAUUCAAUAGAGUCCAUAUAUUAUCAUUUGAGAGUUUGAGUAGAAAAUGAGAAGCCAGUUUCAAAGCAGAGGUGACUAAAUUGAGAAGGGCAACAGUUUAGGUCAUGUCUCAAUCUAUGUAUUUCCUCCUUAUUCAGGGAAAACGGAGUACAACUUCAUUUGAUAGAAAUGGAUAGCAUUAAACAACCUAUCACUUUUUUCAUCAUUGCACUCUUAAGAGCAGUAACAACUUCUGCAUAUUGUUAAUAUGGAGGUAUUUAAAUAAGCAUUGGUGGAAGUAAAUGAAUAGAUUUUGGGUAUUAUUGAAAGCUUCAUCAAGAGGCAUCCCAUGCCAGAGACAGCACCAGGCUAACCACAGGCGUCCCUCACGUCAGGACAGCAGCUCAGACAACCGAGACUCAUCAACUGUCUGUAAUUCACCAUUAAAGCAACAGCGGUUCUUUACAGGAUUUGGGCUUAUCUAGGCAGUCUGAUGUGAAACCAGUUGGAAAGGACUGGAUUUGGUAAAUGUACCGUCUUCUUCUGGAGAACGUGUGAACAGGUGAGGUUUUCACCACAGCUACAUUAAAAACCUGACCCUAACCUCAAGAAUUUAAGAUAAGACCUUCAUGGAAGUCUCACUUACUGAACAUCAUAUGCUCUUCCAAUGUACCACUGUACACAAAAAAAAAAGAUCUUUUAAAGAGAAAUACUGGGAAAUGGGAUUAUUUAUUUCUUUUAAUUUAUUUUGUCAUAUUUUUGUAAGACCUGAAAAAUAGUUAAUAAAACUAUUUCAAAUGCA